AGAUAACACUAAUAAAAAAUUUCAAAUAUUUUCCAAUAAAACUACAAAAAACUAUCAUAUCCCGAAAAAAAAUGCAUUUUAACAAUGCCCAUUUUUUUUUUUAAAGAAAUUUUAACAAAAUUUUUCUUAUUCUCUUCUUUUCUUAAUAAUAUCGAUAAUUUAAUGUUGCAGGUGGUAAUUUGAUAUAUUCAACAAAUGCAGCAGGAAUCUUUUUGAAACCUCAUAAUUUUAAUGGUGAUCCAAUAGAAUUUCGCAACGAGGACACCGAUUUUGUAAAAGAUCUUACAUUUUGGAAUGUUAAUGCUGACCUCAAAUUAAUUAUUGGAAUUACUUCUGAUAACAGCCAACUAAUUUGCUGGAAUUUGGAAAGUGGACAAAUCGUAGGUGCUGAUGCUUUUGAUAAUCGUCAUCAUAUUUUCUCGAUGAACAAAAGCUUCUUAUUUUUAAUUACCAACCAUCUGGAAAUAACAGCAGUAAAAUUUAUCAUUGACUUAGAAGGUGUUUUUGAUGAAGUAAUCGUUCAAGAUACAAUCAUAGUAAAUUUGCCGAGAAAAUUUAAUUCCUUCGGAUUUGAAAUAAUUGAAAUCUCUACAAAUGCAGAAAUUGUAUCAAUAGUACGAAGAAGAAAUAAAAUAUUCAAAGUAGUUCAAUUAAAAAUUAUAUUUAAUGAUCCAGAAGAUGAUGAAAGUUUUUAUUUUAGUGUUUUCAAUAUAAAACGGUAUUCUUUGCCAGAUGUUGAUGAAAAUACACCAAUCAAAUGCCAUGUUGCAUUGAGUAAAUUUUUAUUGCUCAGUUUUGGUAAUUGUUCAAUAUUGUUUGUUCAUCUGAUUGAAGAACCGAAUACAAACCAACGGAAGAAAACAUCAAGAUGGGAGUAUGAUAGAAUUAUUACAAGUAUAAAAAUGUUUAUUGAUGUUAUACUUUUGGGUUUUGAGAAUGGUAAGACGUUCAUUUAUUUAAUUACAUAG